AUGCUGAGCCCGCAAUGCGCAGCGCCGUCAUCUGUGUUGCUAGCAAACACUUCUGUACUGUCGGGUCGGCGCUCGUCGCUCUUCGCACGUCAAAGCAGCGGCAGAGCACGCUCGAUGCCGACCAAACGCGAGUCCAAUCGAUACACUACUUCCAGUCAGUCUUUUGAGUUGGGCAGUCUUUUGAGCGCACUAGACAACUCAUUCAUUCUUCCCGUCGCCGAAGAAGCGUCUGCGCCCGCGCCUCGAGCCAUUGAUCGCACUUCGGAACAGCAUCCUCCCCAAAGCUUCGCUUCGUUUCGCUUCCCUCCCGACCAUCACCACAUCCACCACCGAUCAACACUCGCAUCGCAAACACACUCCAACAUGCCUUCCUCGAAGCCCAGGAUCCUCAUCCCCGGUGGUGCCGGCUACAUCGGCUCGCACGUCGCCCUCGUCACCCUGCUCACCCGCAAGUACCGCGUGACUGUGCUGGACAACUACCACAAUGCAUUCCCCGCCGCCUGCAAGCGUCUCGAACAGAUCGCCAUCGACGAGCUCCCCGCGGGUGCCUCGCAGCAGGACAAGGACGACUGCAAGGUGGACGUCUUCAAGGGCGACCUCCGCAGCAAGGACGACAUCCGCAAGGUGUUUGACGCCUACAAGGGCGACGACAAGAUCUGGGGCGUCAUCCUCUGCGCCGCGCUCAAGGCCGUCGGCGAGAGCUCCGAGAUCCCCAUCGACUACUACGACGUCAACGUCGGCGGCCUCGUCAACCUGCUCAAGGUCAUGCACGACAACGGCUGCAACCGUCUCGUGUACAGCUCCUCGGCCACCGUGUACGGUACGCCCCCCAAGGUGCCCAUCCCCGAGUCGACGCGCCUCGCUCCCGAGUCGGUCUACGGCCGCACAAAGUGGAUGAGCGAGAUCAUCAUCCGCGACGUGUGCGACGCCUACCCCGAGUUCCGCGCCAUCGGCCUGCGCUACUUCAACCCCGCCGGCGCGCACAAGUCGGGCAAGAUCGGCGAGGACCCGCGCGGCAAGCCGGGCAACCUUCUGCCUCUGCUCGCCCAGAUGGCCGUGGGCAAGUACCGCGAGGGUGGCCUCAAGGUGUUUGGCAACGACUACCCCACCCCGGACGGCACGUGCGUGCGCGACUACAUCCACAUCGAGGACCUCGCCGGCGGUCACGUCAACGCCGUCGAGGCGCUCGAGCGCGACGACAUCUUUGCCGCCGACAAGACCGAGACGCACGGCAAGUACCGCGCCUUCAACCUGGGCAAGGGCGUCGGCAUGUCGGUGCUCAACAUGGUCGACGCCAUGAGGAAGGUCUCGGGCUACGAAUUCCCUCACACCAUCGUCGACCGCCGCACGGGCGACGUGCCCGACCUCACCGCCGACCCCAGCCUCGCCGAAAAGGAGCUCGGCUUCAAGGCGACGCGCUCGCUCGACGACAUGGCGCAGGACCUCUGGCGAUGGCAGAGCAACAACCCGCAGGGCUACGGCGAGCAGUAG